CACCACCACCACCACCAUCCCUCCCCAGCAUGGAGGGGGAGGAGGAGGGGGAGGGACAGCAAGCAGCCGUGACACAAAGUGUUGGUGAUGCAGGGCCAGGCACAGAGGCAGGGGCUGAGAGUGUGGUGCCCAGUGACCCAAGUGACUCAGCCCCACAGCCACCCAGCAGUGCCCCAGCCGUGCCCUGCACCCCGUCUCCAGAUAGUUUGACGGAGGGCCCUGGGCUGCUCCCACAUGUACCUCACACUGACCUAGGCACAAAUCACUGUAGUAGAUCAAUGGAUGCUGAUAACAGUCCAUGCCAAAACCACAUCUCAGGAUCUCAAACCAUUUCUAGUCAAACCAGAUUUUGCAAUAUACACCCGGGUGAUGUGAUGCAGCCCCAGCAGGCAGUAGUCCCCCAGGGCCCCAGGCAGAGGUUCCCCCAGAGUGUCCCAUCCCCCAGGGACAGCAUUCCCUCACACCAGACCCUGCAGGCUUCACCACACCACAAACACCUGCCACCCCAAAGGAGGAGGGAGAGAAGGAGGCUGCUCUCUGUGAUACAGGGAACAGCAAGGCACCCACACUGCCGCCCGACCUGGUGUGUGCUGAUGAGACACAGCAGGAAAGAGACACGUGUGAUUUCCCUCAACACUCUACCAUGCCUCCCACCACUACCACCAAUACCACCACACCACAAGACACAGAACAGUCUUCCAGUGAGAGCACACUUCUGCCCGCCACUGAGUGCAGCACAACCACUACACCACCUCCAGACACUCCCCUCAGCAGUGAUGGGCCUCAGCAGGAGACACCAGGGACAGAGUCACUGCCACAGCACACAGCUUCUGCUGAGUGUCCCGUGAGCAGUCCCAGUGGUGUGGAGUCCCUGCAUUGUGGUGAGGAGUGUGCCCCCCAAGACACCAGUGAGAGUAAGGAGGGGCCAGAGCAGUGUGAGGCGGGCAGCUCCAGUGGCAGUGAAGGUUGUGUGCCGGCAGCAGAGACCUCCACCACCACCACCACCACCACCAUCGAGCCUGUGGUGGAGGAGAAUGAGGAGGGGGGUGUGGGGGAUGGCUGCAGCAGUGAGGGGGUGGUGAGGAGUGGAGGAGACACCAAAGUGCCUGGCAGUGUGGCAACAAGUGCCGUGCAGCACCCAGCCACCUCCCCCCACACACCAGUGCCCUUAACUUACCCCGCCAAGGAGAUGGAUCCAGCUGGGGGCUUACAGGACCCAGAUACCCCUGCUACCUCAGUCCCACCUGCCCCCACCCUGCCAGGCAGCCCCAAUGCACCACAAGCCCUAUGCUCUCUGGGAGAAGCGACCGAUGGCUUACUGGUGAGUGGCUCGCCUGGCGCCACUCUGGGGGAGUGUGCAGCGGGGAAAGAUACCCCCUGCACCUCCUCCCACUCUGUGACAGACCCUUCAUCCCUCCCCUCACCCACCUCAGGGGAAGCGGUGGCAGGGGACACGGGUACCUCUCCACCCAGCUCUCCAGGUGGACCCACUUGCCCUGAGGCUGAAGCAAUGCACACAAGCCCACACUGCCCUGCCCCCAUUGUGGCCACAGACACCACCACACACACACCCCAGCCAGAGCUGCUGGCCUGCCUGGGCCUGGAGCCACGUCAUCCCACACCCUCAGAAGAGGUCAGUGUGGCCCCCAUCCAGCCCCCUGACCCAGCUGAGGUGCAUGUGGGACAACAGGAGGACUCCCUGCACCCACCACACAACAUUCCCACUGCCACCACUGCCACUAACACACUCCCUUCCCCACCAGACCUUCCUGCCACACCUGAGGACACCCACACUGGUGUCACAGAGGAAGAGACACGCCAUACGCCACAGGACACUGCCACCACAACCACCACCACUACCACCACACCACAGCCACAGCAAGAAGAGGGUGCAGUGGCAGCAGCAACAGAGUGUGAUGUGUCAUUGAGAAGCAGCCCAGCCAGUGUGCCGGUGUGUGCCUCUCUGCCACACACCGCCACACCACACACCCCUGGUCAGGCCACCACACCCACGCCGGGCCCCAGCCUGCCCCAGGAACACUCCAGAGACAGUAUUGAGAGCACAUUCCACGAAGCCAAAGCAAGACCCACCACUGACCUCCCCGCAGACCUGCCCUCCGUCAAGUCCCCCACUGUAGGCGUUACCCCAGAUGAAGUCACCAUUCCCCAGGGUGAACCCCACGCAGGGCAGGCCUCAGAACACUCAGUGCCCUCCAGCUACUUGGUGCAGGGAAUGGCAGCGCUGACAGGCGAGGCCAAGGAGGAGGUGCAGGGUGUGAGUGCCGAGGAGGUGACCCCCAAUGACCCCAGGCAGGAGGAGAGCCAGACGGUGUGUGCAGCCGUGACCCAGGACUCCACAGCAGGCACCGAGGAGGAUGUCCACUCUGCUGUGGAGGACACCAUCACCACCACUGUCAUCACCUCCGAGCCAGACACCAGCGUGUCACUCCAGCCUCACACCACAGACACCAUAGUGGCCUGCAGCAUCUCAGAGUCAGACCUGCAGCAGAGACAGGCUGUGCAAGGACAGCUGGAAGGCACACUGCAGGUCAGCCUGGACCAGGUGAAGGAAGAGGUGCUCUACGGGGAGGAGGACAGUCCCCCGUCCCUGACAGACAAGGCAGAGGUAGGGGUGCAGGACGUGCAGGGCAGACCCUCAGAUCCUGCAGGAAGGGUGGCCAGCACAGAAGCACAAGGGACUCCUGGUGAGGGAGAGAGCAAUGCAGCAUUUGGUGCCUUGUGCCCGCUGUGUAGUGAGACCCUGGCGAUGCCUCUGGAGGACCACCUGACAGCCCAUCACAUCUGCUGCACAUUCGUGCCGGCCAAGACCACCCUGGCCUACCGCCACCACAUGCUGCAACGGGUGACAGACACUGCCGACCUGCUGCCGGGUGAGGACCUGUAUGCUGGUAGCCUGUUUGUGUGCCGCUCCUGCUGCUUUGUGUCGUAUGACAUCAAUGCGGUGCGCUUCCACCUCAACAUCCACGAGGAGGUGUACCAGGUACGGCCAGGCCUGGAGGACUGUGCCUGCGACCGCCACUCCUACUCCUACCCUUCACACAAGUGGAGGUCCCUCAUGCACCACAGCUCCCACCACUGUCACCUGUGUGGUCUCUACUUUGCCUGCCAAGAGGGACUCACCUGCCACACCCUGGCCCUCCACUUUCCAGCCCAGCAGUGCUUAGUGUGCCAGUGUGAGGUGCCAUCCACUGAGGCUGUGCACCACCUGGCAGGCCACAGGGAAGAGCCAGCUGCCCCAGUCAUCCAGCAGGGUGGUUUGUCCUCCACCUGCACCACCACUGCCACCGCUGCCCCGUCCCCUACAGACCGGUUUGGCAUCUCCUGGAACAUCUACGACAACUGCAUCAACUUCCUGGACGGCAAAGACUUCCGGCUAGGCACGGCAACCAAGGUGGAGGACCCCAGCCUGAACCGCAGCUACCUGGCCCUCCCAUUGUCCAACGUGGAGGAGGAGGCUGUGGUGCCGCCCCAAGCCAUCCUGGACCCUGGCCAUGACAUCCACCGCUACCUUAAGAACAAGCGUGUGGUGCGCAUCCCCGGCGGUGGUGAGGGCCUGCGCAGCUUCAGCUUGGCCGUGCAGCUGGACCUACACAAGAAGAUGAACCGCAAGGGUCGAAAAGGUCCUGCGGAGCGGCCACGCGCUGCACGCUGUGAGGACAUCUUCACUGUGCUGGGCAUCCAGGCGCCCCGGGCUAGGCCACCUGCCCCCAAGCAGUCUGCACACCCCGCACCGCCCCGCACCCCGGGCAGGAAGCCUCGCAGGAAGCUGAGUCUGGAGAUUCCCCUCGAGGAGCCGUCUGGUGAUGGGCCACAGCUGACCCGCACCCGGUCUGGCAUGAUGCAGGCAUCCCGCGGGGACGGGGCAGCACCAGGGAGCAGGGAGGAGCCCAUCACACCAGUGAGUGAGGGGGCAGGCCCGGCGGCAGCAGAGGUGCACGGCGAGUGGUCCCGGGAACACACCUAUGUGUGCUGCUCCUGUGGUGCCUCCUGCCUCAACCUGGCAGACAUGAUGGAUCACAAGUGGGAGAUGCACCCCUCUGUAUGGUGUGCACACACCAUGCUGGAAGGCCAGGGCCUUGUGCCACACGGCUUCAAGAACCAGUUCCAGCCACCCACCGCCCAACCCUGCAUGCUGCCCCUCCCCACCACCACCACCACUGCUGCCACCACCACUGCUGCUGUCACCAUACCUGAGGCGGAGGCCCAACCAUCCUCUAGUAUGCCCCACCCCGAGGCCGCUGUCACCCACACCUGCACCAGCUGCCACUCCACCUUCCAGGACAUGGCUGCCUUCCACACACACCUGGUGGAGUGUGGUGGACUCAGCCUUGUCUCUGUCUCCAAGAAGAAGACUAAGAAGGGAUUCAGGUUCAAGCGCAGGAAGGGGCAGGGGAUGCCCUCCAAUCGUUACGGCAACACCUCACAGCCCACCACGCCCCUGAAGGCCCGGACAGGCGACAGGUCAUCCGGCCUCAACACGCCACUCACUGAUCGCCCUUCUGCCCUCUCCCUGCCAACCUGUGGAGUCAAACGGCGUCUGGAGUUGGCUGUCGGUUCCAUUGACAAUGUGGAGCUGAAGAACCGACUCAAAGCCAUCAUCACCAACACCCGGGGCCCGCUCGGUGGCGCCCCCUCACACCUCGGUCGCCGCCCUAAGAUGAAGCUACGCAAGAAGGCCCUGGACACCCGCCGCCUGCGCAAGACACGACACAGUGACCGGGUGAAGGAACAGCGUGCCGAGAAGACCGAGAAGGAGGAGAAGGUGGAGACCUCGACUGAGGAUGGUAAAGGGAAGGCAGGCAAGAAAGGUGCUGCUACUCCUGCUACAACUGCCACCACUUCUGUCGCUCCCAUCCCAGAGGCUACUCCCAAACAGGUGAAGGGCAAGGAAGGCAAGAAGAAAGGGAAAAAGGGUAAGAAGAAGAGUGUGAAAGGUCAGGAGAGUCAGGAGGGAGUGGGAGGCCCCUCCAUCACUGCUCCCUUGGACACGGAGGACAAGAAGAAAGUGAAGACUGAAGUGACAGAUACUGAUGCACCACCAGUUACUGAGAAGCUACAGAGAGUGAAUGGAUUCCUGAGUAAGACCAAAAAGAUGAAGAAGAAGGUUGGUGGCAAGGUCAUGGUGGCUGAGAAGGAGAAGCAAGAAGAAAAGGUUCCACUGACAACCUCCUCCACCUCCCUAGCUCCUUCCACUGCUGCAGAGAAGAAAGGGAAGGGCAAGAAAGCAGCAGGGAAGAAGAAGGCAACACCGAGUGAAGGCGUGACAGAGGCAGACACAGAGAAGGCAGUGAAAGGUGCCAAGAAAUCCACCAAGAUCAUCAAGAGUGAGAAGAGACAAUUGGAGGAAAGUGAGCCCCCACCAGCCCCUACCAGCCCCCUGCAGCCCCCCCCUCAGGAAGCCAGUGUCAGGCCCAGGAAGGUGAGGAGAACAAGUAGUGUGGAGACUAAUGCCAGCUCUGUCAAGGAGGAGGAAGAGGAGACAGAGACCACAGCUGGGGAUGAGGACGAAGAGGAAGGAGGGGAGUGGAACAGUGACAGCAAGGAGUGCAGGAGUAGAAUCCGGGAUGCCCUCAGACCAAAACGACAAGCCUACUUCUCCUCCUCCAGCGAAGACACAGAGAACUCGGAUGAUUCAGAGCCUGAGGUGAUACGGAACUUCCGCAGUGGGCGUGGGUGCAGCGGCAGGACAGGGCUCAGGACCAAGCGCUCCCAGGGUAGCUCCAGGUAUGCCUUCCGCACCUGCUUCUCCACCUCCACCAAGAAAAAGGACCCCGAGGAUGCUGCAACGAAGAACAAGGAGGCAGUGGAUGGUGAGGAGGUGGUGGUGGUGAAGGAAGAGGAAGCGGAGGAGUUGCCUCUCACACCCAGACGGAAAAGGAAGGUAGCAAACUACGAGAACCAGGAUGACUACACCUACGUGCCCCACGAUAGCUCCUCAGACGUGGACUACAUGGAGGCGUCAGAGGACGAAGCUUCUGCCACCGCUGCACCCAAGAGGGAGUCGCCGCGGCUUGGGCGCUCCAAGCGGCGCAGCACCCGACUGUCCAGCAAGACCAGCAGCAGCGGCAGCAGGACCUGCCAGCAGGAAGGGGAGGAAGGCACAGAGACAGGUAGCAGUAAAGUGGGUCUUGCUGAGGGUGCUGCUGAGCCAUUGCCACAGCAGGAGGCAGCCCAGGAGAUACUGGUGGGGGAGGCAGUGGACAACAGCAGGCUUGGUGAGAGUGUGGCAGAGUCCUCCAGCACCAUCUCUGGCAGUGUGUGUAGCACCAUCAGGAACCGCAGGAGAAGUUUGGAGGUGCCCAGAGAAGCUGCCAUCAAGGCACAGAAGGCACCAAUGACGGCCAGCGCCCCUAGUAGUGAUCUUGAGGGAGAGGCUCGGUGUAGCAGCAAGGCACCUAAGAGGAAGGGUGUGGCCCUGCUGGACCGCCUGGCUCUGAGCAGCAGCUUCCAGGCACAAGUGGACGAGGUGGCCGGCAAGACCCAGCGUAGGAAGAAGGCUGUGCCCACAGUGCACUCUGAUUUCAAGGACACAGAUGAGGAAUGUGUGCGGGAGGCCACCCCUGGAGACAGCGAGCCCUCUGCCAGGCCCCUGCGUAGGAAGAGGUACAUCCUCUCUGAGAACAGUGCUAGCGACAGCCAGGCCAAGGACAGGGACCCACCCCUUGUACCCCUGCGGAGGAGCCGCUACGUCCUUUCAGAGAACAGCGCCAGCGACAGCCAGGCCCUCGAGUCUGAUUCCAGCAUGGACAAGCCACAGCCGUUGCCCAUGGCCCGCCGCAGGAAUGUCAUCGUGUCCAGCGAUGAGGCCGAGGGCCAAUCUGCCAACCCAGCCAAGACUACAGCUGCUCCAGAGACUCAUACUGAGGACACCCCAAAUGACCCACCGCAGUCCCCCAAUAAGAAGAUGCGGCCGGCAAAGAAGACCCAGACCAAGACUGACCCAGAUCCCCCCCAGCAGGCCUCUCAUGCCCCCGAGGAGGAGGACGAUGAGGACGACAACGUGCCACUGUCCACCUUGGCACACCUCUCCAGGAAGCAGGACGUCACCCUCACUUCUCCGACACCAAGGAAGGCAGCAGCAACACAACAGAAGGUGGCCGGCAAGAGCAAGAAGCGGUUGAAGGUGCGGCAGCUGAACCGCCUCAUCAAGGAGUCCACCGCACAGGACUCUGAGUCAUCCAGUUUCGAGGGCUUCACCUCCAUCCCCUCCCAGCGGUGGGGUAAGGCCAAAGCACCCACCAAAAAGUAUAAGAAGAAGCAGAGCCUCCUGAAGGCUAAGGCCCUCCACUCCAGCAGUACAGCCAGCGAGUCCGAGGCCUCCGACGAACCCCGCUCCACCAGGAAGACCAAGAAGCUCGGGGCAUCACCACUCAUCACCUCACCAGGACUCACAGAGGGCCAGCUCGGAGCUGCCCCAUCCAAGGGGCAUGGCAAGGCUCCAGCCAGCCACAAGAAGAAGGCCAAGAGUAGCAAGAAGUACAAGAAGAAAGGAGGCAAGGGCCUGGGAGGAGCCAGCAAAAAUAGCCUGAAGGGCAGCACCGUGGCCCCUCACAGCAUGCCGGUGCUGGAGUGCAUGGUGGACAUGAAGGCAGGCCAGAAGGAGGGACAGGACAUCCCUCCACCUCCUGAUGCCUCCACUGAGCCAGCAGCACUCAAGGAUCAGCAACCACUUGCUGACCCAUCCAAGUAUACUUCUGUGGUGGCUCCCACCCAGCAGCCCCCCAACCUGCUGCCAGCCACCACCAACAUCCUGGAGGAACGGGCUGCCCCCUUGCUCUCACCUCUCCCUCAGGACAUGCCAGCAGCUCCUGCAGAGUCACCAAAUAAGACUCCUCAGUCCAGGAAAAAGAGGAAUAAGUCCUCCCAGGAAGCACCUGCCAAGGACAAGGCCAAUGGUGAUGGGGAGCCACUGCCACCACUACCACCACCACCACCACCACCACCACCAUGUCCAGCUGAACAUCAGAUCUACACCAAGACUGCAGAGUCCACACCAUCACCCAAAAAGACUGGGAAGAGAAAACGUUCGGUGUCUGUGUGUGGGACAGCAGGACAGGAAGCCCCAGAGACAGGAAAGGACAACACUGUUCCUGCCACUGCCACCACCACCACCACCACUAGUCCCACUGCCACCACUCCCAAGACUACCACUUCCUCUAAGAAGAAUGGCGAGAGUGCCAAGAAGAAGAAGAGCUCAGGUGGCAGCAAGGCAGCCAAGGCAGAGGUAAACGAGCUGACCUGCACAGACUGUGGCCUCAAGUUUGGGUCGGUGGCAUCCCUGGAGGACCACCGCCAGGACUGCCUCACCAUCGCCUUUGAGAUGAGCAUGAUGGAGGCGGAGGACCACCUAUUUGAGUGCCCACACUGCCAUCUCACUUUUGCCAAGAAGGGCACGCAGCGCAAGCACACCACAUCGUGCCGCCUUGUCAAGUACAAGCGUUACGAGAGCAAGGCUUUUAAGAAGGCCUCCCGUGGCACCUCUACCACCCCUGCUGUGCUGCUGCCUGUGGGAGACACUGCAGUGGUUGCCCCACCGCCCCUGCCUUCCCCAGGAAAGGGGUCCAAGAGCAGCAAGGAAAACAUCUCUGGGGAAGUGCUGCCCGGGGUGCCCGACCCUUCGCAGAAGGAGGUGAAGGAGGUGCUGCGAGUGCCAGUGUACAGCCGCAACACCGACAAGAUGGGCACAGUGCUAGUGGGUGGCAACACCCUGCAGGAAAAUAUUAAGAACUUGGAGCCCAUGCAACGGGUGGCACCCUUGGCCGUGACAGACGCGACCCCAAAGACACGGCGGGAGCCACAGCAACUGAAUGGACGCCUUCUGAAUGGAGAACACCUGGACCCCUUCCCCACUAGUCCUGUGGAGGAGUCCCCACGCUGCGGGGUGUGUGGCUAUGAGACCAGCGACUCCGACGUGCUGGCCAAGCACCGCCUCAUCCUGCAGUUCUCACGGUACUGCCAGCAGCAGACUGUGAAAGAGGUGUGUGCCCUCGCCGCCAACUACAACCUAGGCCUAGACACGGUGCGUGGCAUGGUUUCUGCUGCCACCACUCACCAGGGCUUCAUCACCCUCGCCUUUGACCCCAAGCAGCCGCCAGUGUCCGCGCUGAGCUCGCUGGUGGGCGCAGCAGCUAGCACCACCGCCAAGCUGAAAGAGGUGUUGGCAUCACCGCACUGUGCACGGGUGCUGUCCAGCCUGGAGUCCCUAGCCAAGCACUACCAGACCUCUGACGCCGUGGAGAUCACCGGCACCAAGCAGGACACCCUCAAGACGGUCGCCAUCCUCGAGGAGGUACUCAAGGACAUCUCCGAGGCAGACAAUGCUCUCCUGAGGAACCGUAUGCUCAAGUCCAUGAGAGAGACGUUCGAGGCGGGCACUCUGAACUGUUAGAAGUGCAGGGUGGUGCGGGAGUGGAGGUACGAUAGUCAGUGUUAAAGGUUGUGAUUCAAACUUUGUAGUGACUCAACUCAGUUCAUGCAAUAACGGGGAGGACAGCUGGCGGGGCGCAGCGGCAGUGGCUGCCAUGGGCCACAAAGUAUUGGGCAUUGUGUUCUUUAAAUUAUAAUUAUGUUUAAGGCUCAUUUUGACAACGGACCAAAAUGGGACAGACUAGUGACUUUGGAGAAAAGAAUGAGAUUAGUGCCGCAAGGCUGUGUGUGUGUGUGUGUGUGUGUGUGGGUGUGCGUGUGUGUGUGUGUGUGUGUUCGUGUAGGGAAGAAGACAGGCAAAGGAUGACAUGUGUAGAGAUGCUGACCACUCCAGCGCUUCACUACAGACCAACACAGGUUGUAUGAUAUAUGUUUAUUGUUACCGUUGGUCUGUGGUGAAGGUGUGAGGGUGGCAGAGUGGUGACAGAAGGGAGGGAGGGCAGGGCGUGGCAAAUGAGUGGUGUUGAAGACUCAUUUCCUGUGUUCACAAUCCCACACGCACUAUAGUUUUCUAUGUAUUUAAAAAUCUUUACUGAUAAGGAGUAAUUUUAAAGGAAAAAAAAAAAGUUUUAGUAGGAAUUAGUGAACACAAAAUGCAAGAAUGUUAUUACUUUUAUUUUCAUUUGUGUUUGUUAUUUGUUAGUUAUUUAUUUUGUUCCAUCUUUCGUUCCUCCCAGCACGCCCCAAGGAAUUCUCAGCCUUGUUUUGUCUUCGGGUUGGGCAGGGAGGGCGGAGGCGGGAAGUGGGGGAGGCACACGCAGCGGCUGCACCACAAGCUCUCCUCAUAUCAGUUUGUACGAAAAACAACAAAAUGACUACAAAAAAGAAAGAAGUACAGUGUAGACUUAGCAACAGUUUGUUAAUACUUUAGGGAUAUUAUUUUAGGUAGUGAAUCUAAAUGUUUCUUGAUCUCAAAAUGAUUAAAAAGAAAAAAAAAGAGUUCAGGAGGUGAGUGGAGGGCGUGCGGGACCGCAGCGUGAGCCAGUGAGUGAGGCAGGAGGCGAGGCGGGGCAGCAGUAGUGCUCAGUUGGACACACACACAAUCAACCUUCACGUUUUCCUGCUUUAUAUGGACAACAGCAACACACUGUUAAGAGGUCAGCGUAUAUUUUUGUUUGUUUUCUUGGUCUUUCCUGUAUUUAGGCGUAACUCAACAACAACAACCCCCAAGGCUGGUGUUGCUUGCCCGUCACUUAGUUCAUAAGACACGUGCUGAGUGUAAGUUUGUCUUUUCAUAUUAUUUAUAAAAAUACAUUUUUGUACUAAACAUAAAUAUAAGAAUAAAUGGAGAUGCAUGA